AUGGAUUUCUUGAAGCUCCUGACCCUCCACCACCAUACCAUUGUAGCAGUCAUCCUCAACAUAAUGGCCCUCUGCCUAUCCACCACAUCCUUCCUAGGCAGCUACUGGUGUGUGGGCACCCAGAAAGUGCCCAAGCCCUUGUGUGGGAAGAGUCUGACCACCAAGUGUAUUGGCAUGCCAGUGCCAUUGGAUGGGGGUGGCAGCAAUACAUCAAGCCAGGAGGUGGUAAACUACAGCUGGGAGACAGGAGAUGACCGCUUCUCCUUUCGCUACUUCCAUACUGGCAUGUGGCUCUCUUGUGAGGAAAACGUGGAAAGCCCAGGGGAGAAGUGUCGAAGUUUCAUUGACCUUACACCCCCAGGAGAAAGAGGAAUACUUUGGCUAUCCCUGGGGUCAGAAAUUGUCUACAUUAGUCUGCUCUCCAUGAGCCUCCUGCUGAUGCUGCUGGAAAUGUUCUUCCCAGGGAACCCUGGCUGUGGGCUUAAGCUUAAUGCCUUUGCUGCUAUUUCCUCAGUCUUGUCAGGCCUUUUAGGAAUGGUGGCACACAUGAUGUACACACAAGUUUUCCAGGCAACAGUCAACUUGGGACCAGAAGACUGGAGGCCACACACUUGGGAUUAUGGCUGGGCCUUCUACAUGGCCUGGGUUUCUUUCACCUGUUGUAUGAUAUCAGCCGUCACUACCCUCAACACCUACACUAAGAUGGUAUUGGAAUUCAAGUGUAGCCAUUACAAAUCCUUCAAAGAGAAGCUGAGCCACCCAUCACCACUACAUUACCAGUGCUUUCUGCAGCAGCGGCAGCAACAGCAGCAGCAGCAGUCACUAUCUCCAACACACUCCAGGGAUCAACUGAGCAGCUACUACCAGAACCAAAAUCAGUCUGUUCACUUGGUCUCAGCAGGGGUUGACUUUUGCUCAGAACUACAGGAGAAAGAGCUUCCACAAGAGCCCAGGAUGGAACAGAGUGAAGUGCUUGAAUCAUUAGUUGAGGAAGAACAAUGUUAGGACUAUAAUAGUGGGGGUGGGAAUAGAGGAAGAGGGAGGAAGAGGUAUGGAAAAGACAAGUCCUGCCUUCUACUGCCACUGGGAAUAUGUGUACAACUCCAGACUAACUUUCUUUAGUAAGGCUUUUAAGCACUAGGAGCAAAGCUAUCUCAGUACAAAUCCAGAACUUUCCAUAUUCCCCCAGAUACCUCCUAUUGCCACUUCACCAUUUCCAGGGUCUCUUUCCUACUUAAUACAUAGCUUGUCCAGAAUCAGAAAAAUUAGAAGCUAUGAAUGUGAUUUUGGUUAGCAUCUACAUUUUUAGCACUUUUCUUAUAGACAAGUACACCAGAGCCAUCCUGGCUAACAUGAGAUAAAAACACAAUACAUCAUCACAUGUGAAGUCUUAGUUUUCUUUGUAUUCUCCACAGUGUUUAGUAUUGUACCUUUCACUUAUGAAGUACUCAAUAAAUAUUAAUUAAUCAUUAUCCUAGAAGUCCAUACAAUGGUAUUAGCACAAGAAAGCUGUUACUAUAUAUGUGAGAGUAUUUGGUUUCCAAAAAGUCCCAUAUGCUACAUUCCAAAAAAGGCAUAAUCCAAGAUUCUAGUUCAAGACGACUGAGAAGAGCCAAGAAACAUACUUUCAUCUUUGUCCCAUCUCUAAAUCCUAUUUUCUUCCUUCUCCUUCUUCCUUCCAGUGACUUUCCUUUUAUUUAUUAUUCUACAAAAU